AUGAAGGGCUUCUACUUCCUCCUAGUCACCAUCAUCUUCCUGAUUAUGAUCCAGGUCCUCCAUUUCCUCCACUACCAUCACGGACACCAUCAAGGAAAUCAAGGGCGGGGCCCCAGCACUCAGCGGCCUGGGCAGUGUGCUCAUCUUCUUGACCAACACCCUCAUCCAGCUCCUCCACUUCAGCUGA